CUCCCUGCCCACCUCCUGCAGCCUCCUGCGCCCCGCGGAGCUGGCGGAUGGAGCUGCGCAGCGGGAGCGUGGGCAGCCAGGCGGUGGCGCGGAGGAUGGAUGGGGACAGCCGAGAUGGCGGCGGCGGCAAGGACGCCACCGGGUCGGAGGACUAUGAGAACCUGCCGACCAGCGCCUCCGUGUCCACCCACAUGACAGCAGGAGCGAUGGCCGGGAUCCUGGAGCACUCGGUCAUGUACCCGGUGGACUCGGUGAAGACGCGAAUGCAGAGUUUGAGUCCAGAUCCCAGAGCCCAGUACACGAGUAUCUACGGAGCCCUCAAGAGAAUCAUGCGGACCGAAGGCUUCUGGAGGCCCUUGCGGGGCCUCAAUGUCAUGAUCAUGGGUGCAGGGCCGGCCCACGCCAUGUAUUUUGCCUGCUAUGAAAACAUGAAAAGGACUUUAAAUGACGUUUUCCACCACCAAGGAAACAGCCACCUAGCCAACGGUAUUUUGAAAGCGUUUGUCUGGAGUUAGAAAGUUCUCUUCUUCAACACGUCCCUCCCCAGGGUGUUCCUCCCUGUGACCCAGCCGCCUCGACUUCGGCCCGCUUGCUCACGAAUAAAGAACUCUAGAGUUGUGUGUGCAACGCACACCCAGACACACGCACACACACAUGCGCGGCACACACAUGCUUUUGUCUGUUCCCCACCGCUUUCUGAAGCCUGGGGAGAAAUCAGUGACAGAGGUGUUUUCAUUUUAUUGUUGUAUGGGUUUUCUUUUCUUUUCUUUUUUUUUUUUUGUUUUGUUUUGUUUUCAAACAUUCGAAAACAAUGAUCAGACAUAGGGGAAACCCUGAAUAGAAACAAAACUUAUGAAUGCUGGAUUCAAAAAAAAAAAAAAAAAAAAGUUAUCUGGACAGCUUCUUUGAGACUAUUUAAAAACUGGUACAACAGGUCUCUACAACGCCAAGAUCUAACUAAGCUUUAAAAGGGAUAGCUGGGAGUAUGGCCACCCUGCUCCACGACGCGGUAAUGAAUCCAGCAGAAGUGGUGAAGCAGCGUUUGCAGAUGUACAACUCGCAGCACCGGUCAGCCCUCAGCUGCAUCCGGACGGUGUGGAGGACCGAGGGGUUGGGGGCCUUCUACCGGAGCUACACCACGCAGCUGACCAUGAACAUCCCCUUCCAGUCCAUCCACUUCAUCACCUACGAGUUCCUGCAGGAGCAGGUCAACCCCCACCGGACCUACAACCCGCAGUCCCACAUCAUCUCAGGCGGGCUGGCCGGGGCCCUCGCCGCGGCCGCCACGACCCCCCUGGACGUCUGUAAGACCCUUCUCAACACUCAGGAGAACGUGGCCCUCUCCCUGGCCAACAUCAGCGGCCGGCUGUCAGGCAUGGCCAAUGCCUUCCGGACGGUAUAUCAGCUCAAUGGCCUGGCCGGCUACUUCAAAGGCAUCCAGGCGCGUGUCAUCUACCAGAUGCCCUCCACCGCCAUUUCUUGGUCUGUCUAUGAGUUCUUCAAAUACUUUCUCACCAAGCGCCAGCUGGAAAAUCGAGCUCCAUACUAAAGGAACAGGCUAUGGGAAGGGAUCAUAGAAUCUUUUCUUCUUAAAGCCAUUCUCUGCCUGCAUCCAGCCCCUUGCCUUCUCCUCGCACCUACAUCCUUUUUUUGCAGGGUGCUCCCUAUGGGUCCUCUGCUCCUCGAUGCCUUAGAGGGAGGAGGGGACGGGCCAGCCGCUCACGGGAAGGCGGUCUGCAGGGACAUCCAAGGCGGUGGUGGAUGAGAAAGACUUUGGAAGGGGAGCGAGAAAUUGCUUUUUCUCUUCCUCCCUGGGCAGAAUGUAGCUUUUCUGCUUCACUGUGGCAGCCUCCUCUGUGGAUCCUCAGAUCUCACAGGAGGGAAGAAAAUUUGCAGUGACUGAAAACAGUAAA